AUGCUGUUAUCUUAUACACCAGACGGGACUUCACUGUGGCCGCUUGCUACCCACGACCACUCUCUUCCUGCAAUGUAUCCCCGUACAAGUCCCAGUAACCUGCUGAUCACAGCAAUUCUGCUCGGGCUGAGCGUGUGUUCACCUACGAAGAGAGAUGUCACCAUCUCGAACGCACAGUCUGCGUAUGAAGUUCUCCAACAAUGGUAUGAUGAGAGUGCCGGGACAUGGAAGACCACAGGCUGGUGGGGAAGUGCCAGCUGCACCGAUGUGAUCGGUCGACUAGCGGCGCUAGAUGGAAGCAAGAAGGAUGAGAUCACAUCUGUUCUGUCCAAUACCUUCACGAAGGCGAAUGGAGGCCACUUUCUGAACAGCUAUUACGAUGACAAUGGCUGGUGGGCUCUGGCAUGGAUACAAGCAUAUGAUUUGACCCGGGAUUCGAAGUAUCUGGACAUGGCUGAGACGGUCUACGAUGACAUGUAUAAAGUCUUCGGCAAGACGAGCUGUAGCCAGAACAGCGGAGGUGUUGGAGGCAUCUGGUGGGAUAGGAUGCAAACCUAUGUCAAUGCAAUCCCGAACGGACUCUUCCUCAGUCUCGCUGCUCAUCUCGCCACCCGUGUCGAAGGUGACCGCAAGGAUGGAUAUGUGGACACGGCCAAGAAGCAAUGGAACUGGUUCAAAAAUACCGCAAUGUUCAACGAUCGAGGCACCAUCAACGACGGUCUCAUCAAUGGCUGUCAAAGCAACGAGGAAUACCAAGAGACCGUCUGGUCCUACAAUCAAGGUGUAGCAGUAGGCGGUCUCGCUGAACUCGCCACAGCAACAGGCGAUCCUUCCUACAUCACAUCAGCCCGCGGCAUUGCAGAUGCCGCCAUCGCUGAGCUUGCCCCCAACGGCAUCCUUGUCGAUAUCUGUGAACACAACUCGAGCUGCAAUGGCGAUCAGACACAGUUCAAAGGAGUCUUUGUGCGGAAUCUAAUCAAGCUGCAGAAAGCUAGUCCUCAGCCAUUGGCGAAGUAUGCAGACUUCUUGCAUAGUAACGCAAACUCCAUAUGGUCGAAGAACAGAAAUGAGGCAGGACAGUUGAGCUUGCAGUGGGGUGGACCUUUCAUGAAUCCAGCAAAUGCUUCUACGCAUAGUUCGGCGCUUGACUGCUUGGUAGCGUCGCUUUCGACGUAG